UUGAAUUGCAUUGAUCGCUUAAAUAUCUACAAUAGCGUAGCACACUUUGCAGGGAUCGUAAGGGAAGAGAAUGGCAUGGCCUGGAAAGAAAUCCUGAACCUGCUGUACAAAUUGCUAGCUGCUCUCAUUCGUGGAAACAGAAACAAUUGUGCUCAAUUCUCCAAUAACCUUGAUUGGUUAAUUAGUAAAUUGGACAGACUAGAAUCUUCCUCAGGUAUCUUGGAAGUCUUGCACUGCAUCUUGAUUGAAAGCCCAGAAGCCUUAAACCUGAUAGCAGAGGGCCACAUCAAGUCCAUCAUCUCCCUGCUGGAUAAGCAUGGGCGGAAUCACAAGGUGGGUAAGGAAGGGGGCCACUCCUGACGGUUUAUUUUUCCUGCCUUUUCUUUCCCUCACACUAAUAUCCAUUCUGUGUUGUUGAAAGCAUGAUGUGCAAAACCUUGCUGGUUUUGACAAAAGCUUUGGG